AUGUUACCACGAUUUAGAAUUGUGAGCCUUUUGUGCUCAUUGAUCUCUAGCUUUUUGCAUUCAGCUACCAAUGAAGCUAUUACAGUAAUAACUAUAUCACUGUUUGUGUUCGUAACACCUAGUUUAGCAUGCCCACUUUCCUGUAAGUGCAACAACAUUACUGUGUUGGAGGUGUCAUGCCAAAAUGGAAGGCUUCUCAAUAUCUUCACACAGAUUGACAAUACAACAUAUUCGUUGUCACUGGACCAUGUUAUUGAUCUUCGCCUUAUUACAAAAGCACAUUUUCAAGAUUUGAAAGCAUCAGAAAUUGUCAUCUUACAGAUCACAUCAAGUUUUGUCAAAGAAAUUGCAGGAAAUGCAUUCAGUGAGUUGUCACAUUUAGAAUAUCUUGAUUUAAGCGGAAAUGAACUGAUAACCAUAUAUGACGAUACUUUUGCCGGCCUGGAAUUCCUGACAUCACUGAACCUCUCUCAUAAUCAGCUUUCAUCAUUAGGACUGUCUCUGAAAGUGUUGCCUCAUCUUACCAUGCUGGACCUCAGUGCCAACAACUUGAAGGAAAUUGCAGGAAAUGCAUUCAGUGAGUUGUCACAUUUAGAAUAUCUUGAUUUAAGCGGAAAUGAACUGAUAACCAUAUAUGACGAUACUUUUGCCGGCCUGGAAUUCCUGACAUCACUGAACCUCUCUCAUAAUCAGCUUUCAUCAUUAGGACUGUCUCUGAAAGUGUUGCCUCAUCUUACCAUGCUGGACCUCAGUGCCAACAACUUGAAGGAUUUAGCAGCUAACGUGUUUGGAUCUCAGAACACAUUGACCUUCUUGAAGAUGGAUGGUAAUUCGUUAGGAAAUCUGCAGAGUGAUAUUUUUGAAGGUGUGCAUAGUUUGAGGGAGUUGAGUGCAAGAGACUGCAGUCUGGUACACAUUGAACAUGACAUAUUUUUAUAUUUGUCUGCACUUACUGUUAUUGAUCUAGGUCAAAAUUGUUUAACUUCUACUCCAUCCUUAUCAGUUCUUUCAAAAGUCAUUCUUAGAAUUGUACUCUUAGACCAUAAUGAAAUUAAAGUUUUGCAUCAAAGUAUAUUUGAAGGUGUGCAUCUAAAGACUCUGGACUUGUCUUACAACCGGAUCAACAAAAUUGAUCCUUUGGCUUUUGUUAAAACCACAUUAUAUAACCUGGAUCUUUCUUAUAAUUCACUUAUAUCAUUGAAUCGUAAUGCAUUACAACCUUUAGGGAAACAAUUGAUUCAUCUGAAUUUAGCAGGAAAUCCACUACAUCAGUUGCAGACAAAUGUAUUUGAAGACCUUGAACUGUUGGAGACAUUAAAUUUGUCAUCCUGUUCUUUGGACAGCCUGGAGCAUGGUCACUUACAAAAGCUUUCAUUGUUGCGUGAACUGGAUAUUUCACAUAAUAAUCUUUAUUUUCUGUCACAGUCUAUUUUAGAUUUAUUUAGUAAACUGACAGCUGUAAGGUUGCAUGAAAAUAUGUGGGUUUGUGAUUGUCACAUUCAGUUUUUGCGUGACUGGAUAGCACUCUCUUCAAGUUCUUCUAAAAUUCAGUGCCCUUCUGACCAUGAACAGCACAGAGACUGCAGACAGAUGCUCUGUUCUUUGCCAUCGAAUUUACAGAGUACUAUAAUUGUGCAGCUGAAAGAUAAGGAAUUAGGCGAAUGUUUGCAAGAGAAGACAAAGACUCUGCCAACAAGCACGCAAGGAGUGAUUGUUGCUUCCUGCUUGGUUUUUGCCAUUGUUUUGUUAACAGUAGCAAUAUUUUUAUGGCGGCGAGGUCAAACGCAUCAUGAUUUAAAAAGAUUGUGUGUGCCAUCAGUAGCAGAAAGCUCACAUAUUGUUGAUGAGGAUUCUAAAGUAUCGCCUCUGGCUAACUGUAACAGAAACUCACUGACACUUUCAGACCACAACUUUGUAUUCCGUCAUUAUUUUGACCAUUUAGUCACAGAUCCAAAACUCAUGGCAGAUGAGGGAGAAGAAAAUUACGAUUCUGAAUAUGAACCAACUACGCGUAAGGAGAGAGACAGUUUAUAUUCCUCACAGCCUUCACUUUACAGCCAUCAUAGUGAUGCAGGAUAUGGCAUGGAAUCCACAGUAUGA